AUGGAGAAAGAUGCCUCUCUUGGUUCAGAUCCCACGAGUGUCACGACGCUGAACUCGCCACCGCCUCCACUGUCUCCGCAGUCGGAUAAAAGUAGUCACAAGCACCAGGAAGAAUUCGCCGCAAACUUCGCAUCGCUUUACCAGUCCAUUUUCUCGUCGGAAUCGCAGUUUCCAAGCUCUCUGUCCCUGUCUCCUUCUCCUCCGUCGUCUUCCUCACCGGCGGCUCCCCCCGACAUCACCACCGAGAACCGCCUCCACCAGGCGCGGGUAAUCCUCGAAUACGACUGCAACGAACUCAACGAGAACUAUGAGCUAUGCCUCCUCCGCCUCAACUCCCUUACGACGGAGCUUGAGUCUCUCCGCCAGGAAAACGCCGCUUUACGCCUGGCAAACGCUGAAAUCCUCAGGCUUAUCCACCAAUGCCCCACCACAAAUAUCUCAUCCAACGCCGCUCAGCUGCCCGUCCCCAACCUACCCAAGCGCCAACAAAUCUCAGAUUUCGGUCGCCAUGGCGGAAGUCUCGAGCCCAGCCGCCCCGUGAGGAGGAACAAUGUGGAGAGAACUGUGUUGCCGAAGAGCAUCUCCGUCAGAUCGAGUGGCUAUCUCAGAAUGAACAAGCGAAGCCAUGGAUAUGGCGGUGCGAGUCGCCAGGCGAGUCAGCAUAGGUUCACGAGUCAACUCGUCUCCGACUCGGUAACAUCAGAAAAAAUCUCUCUCCUUAUCGGUAAAGGAGAGAAAGAGGCGGUGGAAUUGGAGGUUUAUCGUCAAGGGAUGGUGAAGACGGAGCUCUGCAACAAGUGGCAAGAGACCGGCGAGUGCCCUUACGGCGACCACUGCCAAUUCGCCCACGGCAUAGACGAGCUCCGUCCCGUGAUUCGCCACCCACGUUACAAGACCGAGGUUUGCCGCAUGAUCGUCAAUGGCGCCACGUGUCCCUACGGCCACCGUUGCCACUUCCGCCACUCCCUCACCGAGCAGGAGAGGGGAUUGCUCCCUCGCUGAUCAGAAGAACCAACACAAAAAAAGGCGGACCUUCUCGUGACAAGCUCUCGGAGAGGAGAUUAGUUGAAGAGAAGGAUUUUGGAUGGAAAUUAUGUUGCCGUACU